AUGUCUGAGGACCCUGAUAGAACGCAGACGCCCAUAAUUUUCGCUCCUGAGACUUACCAAUAUGAUAAGUUCUCUUUGAAAGAAUCUGAGCUUGGGGGUGAUCCAAUUGAGCAGUUUACGAAAUGGUUUGAGGAUGCUAAAGCAGAUAAGUCUGAGACUCUUCCGGAAGCGAUAAAUUUUGCGUCAGCUGAACUACCAAGCGGCAGAGUAUCAUCGAGAGUCUUAUUGUUCAAGGAGCUAGAUCACCGUGGAUUCACUAUCUAUUCGAAUUGGGGAACUUCGAAAAAGGCUCAUGACAUCGCAACCAAUCCUCAUGGUGCAAUCACUUUCUUUUGGAAAGAUUUGCAGAGACAGGUGAGAAUUGAGGGAUUUACUGAACAUGUUAAUCGUGAAACUUCAGAACGUUACUUCAAAACAAGGCCUCGUGGUUCCAAGAUCGGCGCUUGGUCCUCACCUCAAUCGAAUGUGAUAAAGGACCGACAGGAACUCGAAACAUUGAAGGAAAAGAACAUGGAAAGAUUUGCGGACGUCGAAGACGUCCCUUGUCCUGAUUAUUGGGGUGGCUUGAGAGUUGUUCCAUUGGAAAUUGAGUUCUGGCAGGGAAGGCCAAGUCGUCUGCACGAUCGUUUCUCUUACAGGAGAACAACUGAACAUGACCCUUGGGAGUUGGUAAGAUUGGCUCCUUGA